AGGGGCCGCCGUCUCCCCCGCUCCGUCGCGCUCCCCUUCUCCUCCAUGUGCCGCGGUGCCGCUGCUCCCCUUCCUCAGGCCGCCGCUCACCCCGGGGUCUAUGGAAGUAAUGGAAGGACCCCUUAACCUGGCUCAUCAACAGAGCAGACGAGCAGACCGUUUAUUAGCUGCCGGAAAAUACGAAGAGGCUAUUUCUUGUCACAAAAAGGCUGCAGCAUAUCUUUGUGAAGCCAUGAAGCUGACACAGUCUGAGCAGGCUCAUUUAUCACUGGAAUUGCAAAGGGAUAGCCACAUGAAACAGCUCCUCCUCAUCCAGGAGAGGUGGAAAAGGGCAAAGCGUGAGGAAAGGUGGAAAGCCCAGCAGAACACAGACAAGGAUGGAGCUCCCCGUCUUCAGGCAUCUCACAAACCCUCUGCUGAGGAUGCAGAGGGUCAGAGUUCCCUUCUUUCUCAGAAGAACAGCCCUUCUACAGAGAAACACCUACCUGAAAUCCAGGGGGUCUUUGACAGGGAUCCAGACACACUACUAUUUUUACUUCAGCAAAAGAGUGAGCCAACAGAGCCAUAUAUUGGAAGCAAAGCUCCAAAAGAUGAUAAAACAAUUAUAGAGGAGCAGGCAACCAGAAUUGCAGAUUUGAAGAGGCAUGUGGAAUUCCUUGUGGCUGAGAAUGAAAGAUUAAGGAAAGAAAAUAAACAGCUAAAGGCUGAAAAGGCCAGACUUCUAAAAGGCCCAGUAGAAAAGGAGCUGGAUGUAGAUGCUGAUUUUGUAGAAAAGUCAGAGUUAUGGAGCUUGCCGCCACAUUCAGAAACUGCUACAGCCUCUUCAACUUGGCAGAAGUUUGCAGCAAAUACUGGCAAAGCCAAGGACAUUCCAAUACCCAAUCUUCCUCCCUUGGAUUUUCCAUCUCCAGAACUUCCCCUUAUGGAGCUCUCUGAGGAUAUACUGAAAGGGCUUAUGAAUAAUUAAAAGGAAAGGCCAUAGAAGAGAUGAGAAGAGGAAAAAUAUAGUAAUACAGUUAAUCCAGAAAAAAAAAAAAAAGGGAAAUCCAGUUACAAGGGUAAUCCCGGAAAUGCUUCAUCAUCUGGCGUACUGUGGGAGAAGAGGCAUUGCCAGGACAUGGGAAUAGUCACUGUGAAAUAUGUCGCGUAUCUGAUUGACUGACUCGAGC